GAACGAUAGCAAAGUACAGUCACUUGUAGGAGUCGGCCGCCGUCGGAACGAUUUCAGCUAGAAGAGACAUCCAGAACCGGAGCCGAAUCUACAGGAGCGAUAUCGACGGAGUGGUGCGAGCGUGUUUCUUUUUCGUAUCAGCGCGCGCAGAAGUGGGCGCGAACGGGACCGGACGUCGUAAGCGGGGGUGUGAAACAGUGAGUAGGGGAGAGGUAUUAGGUACGCGCGCUGCGCUGAGGGCGAGAUAGAGAGAAAAGGAGUUUUCGUUAAGAGCGUGUGUGUCGCGCGUGUACGGCCACGCACACGUGUCACCGAGAUUUAUGCGAGAGAUCCCGCGCGAGAUCAACCUGGAUGUAUUAACGCAAGGCUUAAGGUACAGCAUAUCAGGACUCAUGAACCUCGCAACCAACCAGACGUCCGACACGACGUCCGAUGCGCAGAGCAAUGGUCCCUACUUUGUUAACUUCAAUCAGGACUGCACGUCCUUGGCGGUGGGAUCGAAAUCAGGAUACAAACUUUAUUCCAUCAGCUCCGCAGGACAUCUUGAGAAAAUAUAUGAAAAUGAUGAUGCAGACUUCGAGGAUAUAUGCAUCGUUGAAAGAUUGUUCAGCAGCAGUUUGGUGGCGAUCGUGAGUCUUAAAUCGCCUCGUACCCUUACGGUGUGCCACUUUAGGAAAGGAACAGAGAUAUGCAAUUACAGUUAUUCGAAUACAAUUUUGGCUGUGAAACUCAACAGAGCGAGAUUGGUGGUGUGUUUGGAAGAAUCACUAUACAUUCAUAAUAUACGAGACAUGAGAGUGUUACACACAAUUCGCGACACUCCACCUAAUCUUACAGGCCUUUGUACACUUUCGCCAAAUAGCGACAAUUGUUAUGUAGCUUACCCAGGAUCGAAUACUAUUGGGGAAGUUCAAAUAUUUGAUGCGAAUCAUCUUCAAGCAAAAACAAUGAUACCUGCACACGAUAGUCCAUUGGCAGCAAUUGCUUUCAGCUCAACUGGCACCAAAGUGGCAACAGCCUCUGAAAAGGGUACCGUUAUUAGAGUUUUUGAUGUUCACGAGGGUACAAAGUUAUUCGAAUUUCGACGCGGAGUUAAGAGAUGCGUCACGAUAAACAGUCUUUCUUUCAGUAUGGACUCUAUGUGGCUCUGUUGUUCUAGUAAUACGGAAACUGUGCAUAUAUUCAAACUGGAGGAACCAAAGGAAACGCCAAACAAACAAACUGCAGACGAAGCACAAAGCUGGAUGGGAUAUUUAACGAAGGCUGUGACAGCGUCGGCUACGUAUUUGCCGUCGCAAGUGACUGAUGUUUUUACUCAAGGACGUGCUUUUGCUAGCGUCCAUCUACCAUUUCAAGGUUUAAAAAAUGUCUGUGCCAUCACUGUAACACAUAAAGUACCAAAACUGUUAGUAGCUAGUGCCGAUGGUUACUUAUAUGUCUACUCCGUGGAUCCGACAGAAAGUGGAUGUUGCACGCUUAUAAAACAACACAGAUUAGACGAUAAAGAGCGAGAUGAGUCAGAUUGUGGCGGUUCUGGUUCAGGAGCAGCUACCACGAAUAAUACAAAUACAGCCUGCAUAAAUAGCUACGCGGGUGUGUUGCGUGGCCGCUCGCCAGACUCCAUGUCAGGUACUGGUAUGUCCUCUAUUCUGUCCCUCGAAUUUUUUUUUUCGCUCUCAUUCUCCGUAUACAAAACACCUAAUUCUCCUUUAGAGCUUUUCUCUCUUUGUGUACGUGUGUAUGUGUGUGUGGAUGUGUGUAUGUGUGCCUCGCUAUUAGCGUUCACGCAUUUUUAUUCUAUACGUACACGCAGCGAAAGGAAGAAUGAGAGCAAUGCUGAAUAACAAUGUGCCUUUUCACGCGGUCUACAUCCUCGCGUGUUAAUAUGAGCAAUUUAUAUUAUUCCGUAUUACAAACGGAUAGAUCACAAAUUGAUUAUGCUUAUUAACUGUAGAAACAAAUUCUUAAGAUGGGUAUAUGAUACACAUGUGCACAGGACAUGCAUGUAGAUACUAGUCUAUUCUCGGGAUAAAUCACUAAGCACGUAUGCAAGUUGUUUUACUAGUCAACAGAUAUAAUAAUAUCUAGCAUUAUUGCAUCCUGUUAUAAAAUAUCACGAGAAUUCCUAUAAGCAGUAGUCUAUUUUUAGAAGACUAUCUCAUAGAUAUCUUAAUAUUACAAUA